UUUUGGUUUGAUUGUAAUGUGCGAAUACGGAUCAGGAGUUCCAAUAGUUGAUCCUGAGAUACAACUAUGAUGGCUGCAGGGACAGGUUUUCUGCUAAUAUUUCUUAUAAUACCAAUAGUAGUCUCCGGAUCCUCACAAAAGACGAUCGAGGAUGAGUUUGACAAAAAGAUGCAACAGCUGGAGAGUCGCUUCACCGCGCGCGUGGCGGCGUUGGAAAUGUCAGAGGGACGCCUAAGGGCGCGCCUGUUGGAACUGGAACAGGAAGUGACGCAACUGAAGGCGGAACGUGAGGACAAUAUUCGCUCUAAUGCAGACAGUGCAGAUAUCAUUCGCCGUGGACUGGAAAAGCGUAUUCAGUCUUCGGAGGUGGCCUUCCACGCGUACCAGUCGAGCGCCACGUGCACACGUGACCAACAGGUGGUCAUUUACAACACGGCGCCCGUUAACAUCGGUAAGGGUUUCACUGUGAGUGACGGGAUUUUCGAUGCCCCAGUUACAGGCCUCUACAUGUUUUCGUGGACUGUAUUCGCCGAGGACGGUUAUUGGCUGGAGUCGGAACUUGUCGUCAACGGACAUCGGCAGGGCUACAUCGCCGCAGACUCCAGUAACACAGAUAUCGUUCCAGCCACCGGUGUGGUCAUUGCCCACGUGAACGCAGGUGAACACGUGUUUGUGCGGCGCACGGCCGGAGGAGGUUGUUAUAUACCGCGUGACGUUGUGCGAAAUUCGUUUACCGGGUUUAUUUUGUUGUAUCUUUGAAUCACAUUAAGUUAUAAAAUAAAGAAACAUAUGUUACCGA